CCCUUGGGAUCGGUCAUUCUGCGGUUGGUUUGGGUGCGCGCAUCUUCGAUCCGAUAGAACUUUAAACUUUUUUUUUAAUAAUUUUAAUAUUUUCCAUUUUCGUAAACUUUAGUCACGAGAUAGGCGCCGUUAAGGCUAAGCGUGUCCUGGUUUAUUAGUAUUUAAAACAGUGCAAUAUGUUUCUUCAUAAAAACACAGCGAUUUGCCUGCUCUUCAGUUUAAUUGUCAGCGCACCAUCAGAGGCGUUCUUCUUCAAAUGGGGUUCAGACUCUGGAAGUCAAACCUCGUCGAGGAACUGGGUACAGCCCGUUUCACCGUACCGAUACCAGUACUUGUACCCAUACGAGUCGAGAAAAACUUACCAGAUACCACAGCAGUAUCAACAGCCUGAUGUGAUUCAACAAAACAUGGCGCCUAUCCCAAUAAGCGUCCCAGCGGGCGCCAGUUUAACACCAGUGUCACUGCAACAUGUACAGCUAGUGCCCUGCAUGUGCCCAGUCGCUCCUGAAGAAGCGGAGAAACUACAAGAACAAGUGGGCCCGGGCCCUUACGUCGCACAAUCUUAUCCCCAAACGUAUUCCAUACCACAACAAUUGCCGGUCGUGGAUACGCCGAAAACAACAUCCCAACAAUAAAUAUCGAUAAUUUAUACUAAGUUUUCUUUAUGUUGGUUUAAUUGUAAAAAAAACGGCCAAAUGCUUAGGGUUCCAUAGAUUAAACCCAUAUUUAAUGCACAAUUUUACACACAAAAUUAUCCUCACUUUACAUGUAGGGGAAUGUAGGGUAACAAGAAAAAAUGUUUUCAACUUUAUUCACAUUUUUAAUGUACAUAUUCAUGCUAAAUUAAAGUUUUCUAGUAGUAAUAGUUUCUGUUAAACCGCGGACAGACGGACGGACAGACAGACAAUCGGGCAUACUAUAAGGGUUUCUUGUAAACUACGGAACCAUACAAAUUAUAGGCAGGAAUUAAAAUCAAACACAAAUUUGUUACACGACAACCUACAAUCUAUCUAUCUAUCUAAACUAUCGAUGAGAAACGAUGCAAAAAAAAAAAAUAUAUUUUCAUUCUUAUUUUUUUAUAUUGAUGCAUUAUAAUUGCGUUCGCUUGAAACUUACCUUUUUUAAAAACCAUCUUCGAACAUUGCAUUUCUCUUUUGGAGGACAUCAAUUAUAAUUAUGGUUUCAGAGUCUUUAUCGAACAUAGGUAAAAACAAUUUUCGUGUUUAUAAUUAUGUAUAGGUAGAUAAUAUAUUUUUAAAGAUACAAGCCAUUUAUGUUUUUCUCAGCACAUUAUGAGAAAUCAUGUCCCCAGUCAAAAGUCUUUCUUUAUUCUCUACAAGUUAGCCCUUGACUACAAUCUCACCUGGUGGUAAGUGAUGAUGCGAUCUAAUCAAUCUAGUUGACAGUCACGUACGCGGCAACCCUUCGAAAAACACUGUUGGAGAACUUUAGGAGUUUUAGCGAAGGGCUGCUACGUAACUAAGCUUCUGGCGACUCGAGACAAAAACCCUUACAAAUGACCAGGAAAAUCCUUUUUAUAUUUUCACAAUUUGGAACUUGGAUUCGUGAAACCUGCUAUCUCCAAGACAGAAUGAUACAAACUCCACUACUCGGCUACAUUACUCAGUUAUGGUAGAAGCAUGGCCUAUCAAACUUUCAGAUUCCAUAAAAUGCCUGGCUAUUGAAGGCUCUAUUAUUUAGUGUAUAUGGACUUUCAUUUAAUAACCCUGUAACAGUGACAACAGUUUAUAUCAAGAUGACCGAUGUAAGACCACGUUCAGGUUGGCUAAUUGGGCAAGGUGAAGAUAGCAAUUUUUUCCCACGUAUCUUUUCUACCUCACUAGGGCUGUAACGAUGUUUUUACAACUCGCCAGUGUGAGUUUGGAAUUCACAUCUAUCUCUCUAUGUCUGGCAUGAAACUAUGCGAAAGAUAGAGGUGAAUUCGAAACUCACACUUGCGUGAUACACAAAGUAUCGAGAAUAGAACUACUGUUUAUUUACAUCAUAAGAUAAGUACUAUGAGUGAAAAACAUUUAGGUAAAAUAUAAUGUACUACGUGUGCUUUCAAUAAUUUAUUUACUUGAAUUAUUUAUAUUUAUUUAAGACUGAUAGAUUAAGUGUGUAUUGUGGAUAAUAAAGUUAUCUAGAAACA